AUGAUGUUGUUACACAAGACUUUGCUUUUCGUUAUUUGUCUAGCGAGUUGCUAUUCCGAUGCGACUCAGCCGAUUGAUCAAGUUAUGGAAAAACUAAUCAAAUUGAUUAGUGAAGAACAAAUACUGAAACCGGUGAAAUUUAAACUUCCAGUCUGGGAAAAACAAUUAGGACUUUAUCGGUCGGAAAUUCGACUUGAUUUCUUCGACAAGCCCUAUGAAGCUGAGCUACGCAAAAACAAAUUCAUUUAUGUUUUCGAUAACAACAUGUUCGCUACUGGAUGGAUUUCAACAGUUUUACUAGAAGCAAAUAUGUACGGUCGGGCUCCUCAAACUAUCGAUACGGAACAUUUGUCUUUGGCAUUUGAUGCGAUUGAAAAGUUUCAUGAUCAUAAUCAAAAUGAAUCAGCCGUGCCGUUGAUGACAUUCUGGUCGCAAAUAUACAACGCAACAACAAAUACUUGGGAAUCCGCACCGGAUAAUCUCCGCUACUUGAUUACGGAUCUCGACAAAAAUCUUCUAAUUAUCGAAGAUAUAUUAAAAACUCUCGGAGUGAAAAAUAUCGCUCAGUUGAUCGAUAAACUGCGUACGAGUAGUGCAUCGUUCAAAGAUGUAUUCGAAAUUCCUCCAGAUUUUGAUGAUACCUAUUUGAAUAUUGGCUUCGGUGUUCAAUUAAAACUUUUACAAGACAAAUAUCCUUCGCUUUUUCAACGUUGGGUACAAACAAAUUCGAAUAUGAAGAAAUUGAUCGAUCUGACAUUGCAGUAUGCUUAUCGACCAUCGAGUCAAUUGUUGGAUCAAAAUACAAUAGAUCCACGAACAUAUUUUUGGUUAAGAGAUUUCGUUCGCGAUAAUCCUCAAGCAAUUAUUGUCACGACCUGGGCACAGAAUAUAGCAGAAGUGAGAAAAGUUGCUCAUCAAGGAAUACGCAUGCCGUUCAAUUUGAAUAAUGUCGAUGUUACUGUGGGUGCGAAUGUUCUGUAUGGAAUAACAAGUGCGAUGGUCUACGAUCUACUCGAUUUCAAAACAUAUUUCACUAAAGAUAUGGAAACCUUGUAUUUUUCAACAGCGUCAUUAAUCGCAUGGUCAAUCAAGAACUCGAUGAAAAAUCGUCCGGAUCUCGCUCAAGUCUACUAUCCAUCACAUUAUAACUUUCUCUGGUACGGUUCACGCACCUUAUUUCUCUUAGAAUUGACACGUCGUCAGCAGAAAUCUCUACCGGAUGUGUUCAAUCGUGUCUAUGCAUUGUUAGCUGAUGUCUAUCGAAAUGAUGUGGUGAAAUACUUCAAAGAACAUGUGCGAUCGGAUCUGUCAUCGUACGACGACUUUCUUGGUGCUAAUGAUACAAAUAUAUUUGGCAAAGCCGAGCCUACAGGCGAAGAUCGAAUCUUUUCAACAGCACAAACUGUCAAUGUUCUUCUGGCUUCAUUUGCUUAUCUUGAUGCCAAUACUGGCAAAUUAAAAUGGAUUAAUGGAAGUAAACAGAUUGAGAUCGUGCAAACGAUGACCAAUCGGUCGGUGUCAUGGCUCUUGAAUAAUUCAUUCAAGUAUCAGAGUUUCAAUUGUUUCUUCUCCGGUUCAGUCAAAGGUUUCAAUCAAUUACCAUUUUGGUACCCUGCUAAUACUUAUCAGUACUUAAAUGGAACAACUUUCGAUCCGAAUCGUUUCGAUAUCAAUAAUCAAUCGCUUGUUGAUACAAUUGUCGGUGUUAGUGGAUAUAUCAAUGAAACGAUAUAUCAACAUAUGAUCGAAGAGAAACAUUUUAAUGUCUCAACUCCGACAACAUUCAACGGAUAUAAUGUUCCCGGUGGAGAAUUUCCUUUCUGGUCAUCUCAACCCUACACAUAUUCAGUAACGCUCCUAGCACUUGCUCAGUAUAAUAAUUUGGAUAAAUAA